AUGGCACUCGCCCGCCCGCUCCCUCCGCUGUGGCAGACGCUGCUGCCCGGCCUCAAUGGCCCAAUGCGGCCCGUCCUCAGCCCCAACUUCCCGCAGCGCCUCUCACAGCCUUUUGGGGCAAUCAGCACACCCUUCGGCGCCCUCGCCAUACCCUCGCUGUCUCUCCCCUCGAUACCGUCACUAGCCGACAUCUGGGACGGCAUACUCAACGCGGUGCCCAAGAAGAAGACGUCAUACCGCAAGAAGCGACAACGCUUCAUGGCGGGCAAGGGCCUAAAAGACAUUACGUCGCUGAACACAUGCUCUGGGUGUGGAAGGGUCAAGCGGUUACAUAUCCUGUGCCCCUACUGCGUGGAUGCCAUCAAGACCAACAUCUUCGGCCAGCUCAACUGGUCCAUCCGCCAACCAACCAAGAAGAUGGCUAAGCAACUCGGACGCGAAAAGCGAGAAGCAGCCCAAAGAGCGCGAACUAUGAUGCCCGAUCCAAGGAAAGAGAAGGAGGAGCAAAUAUUGAAGCAUACCGGCUGGAAAAGGUGAUGACGGAAUUAUAGAGCUGGUCAGUAGAGAAUGAAGCAUACACUCGGCGAGAGGCUGGAAAAAAGACCCGGGGGGCGUGCAAAGCACAUGCCACUCUGCGUGUAAAGCACACAUGAGUGCGUUCAGGCGUUAGGAAUACUUGUACAUGAGAAAUGUAACAACACGAUACUUGAAGGACUAGGAUACACAGCACAGGCUGAUCAAGACUAGCUGAAGCAGUUCAAGGUGUCAUUCACACCUUCGAUCUAUCAUACCAAGUGCACUUGAGACAUGC